UGUCAAGCCCUAUGCUGGGUCUUGUGUGGGUGGAAAUUAAACACAAAACACAGAUCCCCCAGAGGCCCCAGACUGAUGAAGGCAAUAAACAAGAUACGACCAGAGAUGGGUUUUGAAAGAUGAAUAGGAGUUAGCUGAGCUGUCAAUAGUAAGAAGUAAGGUUGGUCCAAGGCACAGCGCUUUCUGAAGGAACAGGAAGUGAAAGGAAGGCGAGCGGCUAUGAGAGACCGCGUUAAGAGGCGCGGGGCGCUUAUGGACGCUACCCAGUCCCGGCCCCUCCAGCCCGGGGCCCGCCACUCACCACACGCACCGGAAGCGCUCGGUUCUCCCGGAGGCAGACCGGCUAGCACACCACUGUCCAAUCACGUUCCGACGCGGCCCCGGGGCCGCCAGCCAAUCAGUGGAGGCCUCUGCCCCGCCCCCGCGUGAACAACCAAUGAUGGUGCCGUCGGGCCGGAAGUUGUUCCGUCCGGAUGCCGUUUCCACGGACGCCCCGAAGACAACCCGUGGCUGAGCCGGGACUGCUGACGGGCCCGGCUGGGCCGGUCUUGACUGUCUGCUGAGCGAAGCCUCUGACCUCAGGCCGGCCGUGAACGUAAUUCCUGAGAGAUGGCAAGCAUGCCCAACAGCGAGCCCUGUGCCUCUCCGCUGGAGCUGUUCAACAGCAUCGCCACACAAGGGGAACUCGUGAGGUCCCUCAAAGCGGGAAAUGCAUCAAAGGAUGAAAUUGAUUCUGCAGUAAAGAUGUUGCUGUCGUUAAAAAUGAGCUACAAAGCUGCCAUGGGGGAGGAUUACAAGGCUGACUGUCCUCCAGGGAAUCCAGCACCUACCAGUAAUCAUGGCCCAGAUGCCACAGAAGCUGAAGAGGAUUUUGUGGACCCAUGGACAGUACAGACGAGCAGUGCAAAAGGCAUAGACUAUGAUAAGCUCAUUGUUCGGUUCGGAAGCAGUAAAAUUGACAAAGAGCUAAUAAACCGAAUAGAGAGAGCCACCGGCCAAAGACCACACCGCUUCCUGCGCAGAGGCAUCUUCUUCUCACACAGAGACAUGAAUCAGGUUCUCGAUGCCUAUGAAAAUAAGAAGCCGUUUUAUCUGUACACAGGCCGGGGCCCCUCUUCUGAAGCCAUGCAUGUGGGUCACCUCAUUCCGUUUAUUUUCACAAAGUGGCUUCAGGAUGUGUUUAACGUGCCCUUGGUCAUCCAGAUGACGGAUGACGAGAAGUAUCUGUGGAAGGACCUGACCCUGGACCAGGCCUAUGGCUAUGCAGUGGAGAAUGCCAAGGACAUCAUUGCCUGUGGCUUUGACAUCAACAAGACUUUCAUAUUCUCUGACCUGGACUACAUGGGGAUGAGCUCAGGUUUCUACAAAAAUGUGGUGAAGAUUCAAAAGCAUGUUACCUUCAACCAAGUGAAAGGCAUUUUCGGCUUCACUGACAGCGACAGCAUCGGGAAGAUCAGUUUUCCUGCCAUCCAGGCUGCUCCCUCCUUCAGCAACUCAUUCCCACAGAUCUUCCAAGACAGGACAGAUAUCCAGUGCCUUAUCCCAUGUGCCAUUGACCAGGAUCCUUACUUUAGAAUGACAAGGGACGUCGCCCCCAGGAUCGGCUAUCCUAAACCAGCCCUGCUGCACUCCACCUUCUUCCCUGCCCUGCAGGGCGCCCAGACCAAAAUGAGUGCCAGCGACCCCAACUCCUCCAUCUUCCUCACUGACACGGCAAAGCAGAUCAAAACCAAGGUCAAUAAGCAUGCAUUUUCUGGAGGGAGAGACACCAUCGAGGAGCACAGGCAGUUUGGGGGCAACUGUGAUGUGGACGUGUCUUUCAUGUACCUGACCUUCUUCCUCGAGGACGACGACAAGCUCGAGCAGAUCAGGAAGGAUUACACCAGCGGAGCCAUGCUCACCGGUGAGCUCAAGAAGGUACUCAUAGAGGUUCUCCAGCCCUUGAUCGCAGAGCACCAGGCCCGGCGCAAGGAGGUCACGGACGAGAUAGCAAAAGAGUUCAUGACUCCCCGGGAGCUGUCCUUCGACUUUCAGUAGCACUCGUUUUACAUAUGCUUAUAAAAGAAGUGAUGUAUCAAUAAUCCCAGCCCAGUCAAAGCACCACCACCCGUAGGCUUCUGUCUCAUGAUUAUUAUUGGGCCUGGUCUCUGUAAGCCUGUGUAUGUUAUCAAUACUGUUUCUUCCUGUGAGUUCCAUUAUUUCUGUCUCUUCUGGGCAAAGCAUUGUGGGUGAUUGGUGCUGGCUAACAUUGCAUGGUCAGAUAGAGAAGUCCAGCUGUGAGUCUCUCCCCAGAGCAGCCCCAAAGAGUGGCGCCUUUGUCUGGAAGUCCAUGGGCCACCCUGUUCUGGUCCGUGGAGGACUCCGAGGGUUCCAAGUAUACUCUUAUGACCCACUCUGUUUAAAAAUAUAUAUUCUA